ACACAAUAGUACUGGGUACAUAUUCGAUUUACACUGAAUACAACGUAAUGUCAGAGAAAUAGAGCGACAACAAACAAUGUAGACCAGGUGGAUAUUGGUUGAUUUUGGACAUUCAGAUUCAAGUCAACACUCAAUCAAGUGCUAACUGAGAGGAUAUUGUUAGUAGCGAAGAUGAUGAACUGGAAGAUGAAGAACAUAAAGGCAGUAGUGUUGGUGGUAGUGAUCUUUCUUUCACUGUUUUACAUGAUACACACCUUAGUGAGAAACAGGGGCACAUUGGACAAUGUGCAAAGAAUGAGUCAACAAGAUAAAGACAACAUUUUAGCUGGUGCAAAAGAUAUAUCAUUUCAUAUGGGCGUGGCUGAUGGGGAAGGUGCUGAACUAACAGAAAAAGAAAAGAAAGCAAUGUUUGAUGAAUGGAGGGAGCACAUGGGUGACCCCGUCUCUCUAUCAUGGAUCAUUCCGACUAAGGAGAAUACAGUACCCGAAAUUCUCCCAAAUCUUCUAAAGGUCCUUAAUGAGUACAAUUUAGAUACAGUCUCAGAAGUCGUAAUCGUGAACUACAAUGCUGCGAAGUUGUUAACGUACGAGAAACUGUUUCAACAACAUGUGGUUGUGUUUAAGAAAAUUAGAAUUUGGAUUCUCGAUAUAAGUGAUGAACUUAUGAAAACGUCUACAUCUGCAGCUGUGACGGAAGGUUUGGUUGUUAAUAUCGGUGCCCGGUAUAGCCAUGGGAGGUUCGUUGUUCCUAUUCAUGGAACCCCCACCCUUCCGAGGUCGUUAUUCCAAUGGAUUCGCUACCAAGAGGACAGUGUCUGGGAGACAGGCAAUGGUCUAUGGUGGGGUGGUGGUGGUACAACUCCCAAGUCGAAAAGCUUUUUUGGACUGUUGGGAAUUCCAAAGAAUAUAUGGUACUGUAUGGGGGGAUAUGACGAGGUCAUCAGAAGUCCAGAAUUUUUACAUGAAUUCGCUUGUAGGAUGUCUCAGUACAGCUUCGAUAUUCACUAUAUUAGCGAUGUUAAAGCUCCUGAUAUGAAAAAUCUAUUACACAUGGGAAAACUAAAAACAAUAAGAUAUAGAUUCAGCAACAAAGCAGAAUGGGGGUUCGCUGAUGUGAAUAUUCCGACCACGAUGUGUACGAGAGGAAUGUGUAAACACCUGGGUAAGACGCAGGAUAUUGGGUGGACGAAACACACCAACGUUAUACCGUCUUACAGAGGAACUGAUUGCAAUUACUUCGCGGAUGAAGAUGAGGAAUGUGACUUUCAAGCAGUCAGUGAUGCACUUACCUCGAGAAUGCAAUGGGGAUGGGAAGGGCAAGCUAGAGAGCUAUUAUAACAUGAAUCAAUUUUAUGCAUAAUUCAGUGCGUAAAUCGAACAAAGCUAUGGAAAACAAUAUUGGACAAAGUUUGAACGCAUUUUGUUUCAGCAUGAGAGAAUUAGUGAAACAACUUACUGUAGUGAAACCUAUCUAUCAUGUGCAUUAAAAUAGUCUAUGAAUAAAAUUAAAUGGUUGUAACAUCGUAUCACUACAGAGAAAGAGUAAUGGAUGUUUGAUUUUGGUCACUGUGUGCAGUACUGUGGUAUUUCAUUGUUAAUGAUUUCACAUUUUCGAAAUGAAUGCAGUUGCUUACGUCAGAUCAAGCAUGGGUGUUGAAUAUAGCCUAAUUAUAUGCAUCCCGUUAAUUUGUUCUUAAAUCACGGAUACAAUCAUUAAAUUAAGUAGAAAACGUAUAGUUAUAUCGUUUCUACACUAUUGUACUAUUGUACUGAUUCGAAUGAGUAUGAUAAAAAACACUAAGUUGUUGAAGGUCUGUGAGAUAUUUCAUACCCCUAAAUAUUAAAGGGCAAAUAUUAGCAUUUAUCAAAGCAUCAACCCCCGAUAUUUCAGUAAAUCUCCAAAACUUUAUUAAAUCUAAACCCUGCUGACCCUCUUACGAGGAAAAUGUGCAAUCGUUUUAUAGAUCUAUACCCGGGGAUCUAUAUAGCUCAUUUCAAUAUGCUAGAUAGAUUCCAGAGAGAUUAAAGAAUGUUAUACUAGUUCACAAGUUUGAUUUUCAGUAUGAAAACAUCAUACUUUGGUAAUCCAAGAUGGACAAUGAUAUAACCAUAACUGACAAAAACGGUUUACUGACGGUUAUUUAUCAUCAGUUGAUUUUCGAAGCAUCUGUUAGCGUCCAUCCCAUGGGAUUUAUUCUAUUGUCAGUCUAUAGGAAUGUGACACCCAGUUCAAAACUCUGUGUGGUAUAUUGUGCUUAUCAUUAGGAAACGUAAGUACUUCAAUCGAUCUAUUCUAUUUAUUUUUACAAGCCCGACGAAUGUUUGAUGGGAUUCUUUAUGUCUUUUGCUAAUGAAACAUUGAUUUUCCUUGCAGCUAUGUACGAGUCAGCCCCCAUAGCAACAUCGAACUAUUUAGUUCUUUUAGGUGCGAUUUCACCGGAUAGUAUUAGUCCCCAUUUGUGUGUUCGAAUAUUCUAUAAUCAAUGAUAGGGAAAAAUAACUGGCCGCGCCGGCAGCCAUAUUGAAUAAAGUAGUGAGUUGUUGGGAAAUGCUGUACAAAGAAGAUCAUUCGAUCGUUUCUGUCUUCAAAAACUGGCAAAACAUUAAGUUUGAUUGGUCAACGGAACUUUCAUUUAGUCAUUUAGAAUUAACCAAUUAAAUUGUAAUUAACCAAUUAAAUAUUAGUUGGUAUUGAUGAUACAUAUCGAGUAUUAACAAUCGACGCCUAUUUACAGAGGGACAUAGGCCUAAAUGAAAAUAAAAAGACGAAAUGUGAACAGGAUUAUUGUUAGCUCGAUCUUUUUAAUGUUAGUGAGACAUGACGACAGCUUCAGGUAUCACUAUACUGGAAUUUUAUUGACGUACAGUUUUAUUCUGAUGAAGUUGCAGUAAUUCAUCAUGAAUCUUUCAGACUGUUUUCAAAUAAAUACAAAAGGAAAAUGAAA